GGGGGCCGCCGCGCCGGCCGCGCAGUGUGCCGGUGACCGUCGAGUGUGCUGUGUCGCGCCGCUCGCCACGACAACAUCCCACAACACAACUCCGCUCCGCCGACAGUAUCAGUUGCAGUGCGUGUUUAUUCGGUGUGCACGACGCAGUUAUAUGUGCUCUGACUGACUCCUGUUCAAGUGUUGCGUAUUGUUUGAGCGAGUUUUGGAUACUGGACAAGUGGUAUAGUGUCUGCGUGCUAUGCCGCUAUUGCGAGUUUAGCUGCGUUCCGCAGGCGAUGCUAACAGGAGAGCAUGUGAUGCCGGCCUUUGACGCCCGGCGCCAUGCCCACGCCGCUGCAGCCCGGCGGCCCCGCUAGCGGCCCGCCUCCGGAGCGCAAGCGGCGCCGUAAACGCGACGAUCCGCAGAGUUCCGCCGCGCUCGAGCCCGACGACGACGACGGCGACAUGAGCCCCGAGGAGGAACCGCGCAACGCACCAGCGGCACCCGCGGCGCCCACCCCGGCGCCAUCCUCCGCCCCCGCGCCCACCUCGCCGCCUGCCGCGCCCGACGCGGUCGACCUCACCUCGCGCCGCGACUCGCCGCCUCUCUCCUCCGACGUCGAGAGAUUCGACGGCAAGAUCGUCUACAACCCCGACGGAUCAGCGUAUAUCAUCGAAGACCCUGAGCUGUCCGAGGGCGAGACAAGCCUUCCGGAGCUGCCCAAGAUAGAGCCAGGGUGCAUCGUCGACAGCCGAGACAGCAACGUUGUGGAAAAGCAGCUCGAGUUUCCCCAGAUCGCGAGUGCGUUUUACGUAUCAAGAAACCCCUCGUUAUAUGGCGCACUGUAUGGUAGACUGGCGGCAGAGAGAGCGCGAGCGAGACCCGACGCCCCCGUUAUGCACAGUUAUCGGGUGUUCAGCUUUCGUGGAGGCAAGGAUGCGCCGAGACCGCCAUCACCACCUGCAGAGUGUCCAGUCAGCGUGCCGGUGAAACCGAUCCUUAUGUGUUUUAUAUGUAAAUUGAGUUUUGGAUACGCUAAAUCAUUUGUGGCGCAUGCCCAAUCAGACCACAGUUUAUCAUUACUCGAAUCAGAAAGAGACGCGUUAUCUAGAGAGAACGCGUCAGCCAUCAUUCAGUGUGUUGGAAAAGAUAAAGAACCACUAGUCUCGUUUUUAGAACCCGUGGGUGCGGCAGCGCCGCCACGCGUUUCUACAUCUGGCAGUCCUGCAAACAUGUCAGAGUUAUCAAGUCCAUCUAUGGACAAGCGACAAGACUUGACAACACCGGACAGAGACAAUGAAUCUAUGCUACCUAAUGGGACCUGUGACGAUCGAAGGCCGAGUCCGAACGCGUGGAGACCGCCGAGAUCACUAGCCGAAUCUAUGGUGCCACAGCACUCCUUGAUCUCCGUAGCGCAUCCUCAUACAAUAAAUGCCUCAAUUCAGCCUCGAGCCAGUCCGAAUUCAUCCCCACCGUUCCAGGCGACACCGCCCGCCUUCCUGUCAGGAACUACGAUAGGCGUGUGUCCAGAUCACCUUGGAGGCCGGCCGUCCGGUGCCGACUGCCCGAAAUGCGAACUUAUACUAAAUUCAGGAAGAUUAGGCGGUCCGCUGGCCGGAAUGCAUAGUCGAAAUUCCUGCAAAACAUUGAAGUGUCCUAAAUGCAACUGGCAUUAUAAAUAUCAAGAAACACUAGAAAUUCAUAUGAAAGAGAAACAUCCAGAAGCUGAGACAAGUUGCAUAUACUGCAUUGCUGGCCAACCGCAUCCGCGGCUCGCCCGAGGUGAGACGUACACCUGCGGCUACAAACCGUAUCGGUGUGAAGUAUGCAACUAUUCUACCACGACCAAAGGAAACCUCAGUAUACACAUGCAGUCUGACAAGCAUUUAAACAAUAUGCAAGAAUUGCAAAAUGGCGGCAACCCCGGAGAAGGCAGCUUACCACCUGCGCCUCAACAUACCCCUCCUGGCAGUCAUAAACCGCCUUUACCGCAUCAUUCGCCAUUAGGACAAAAACCAAAACCAACGUUUCGUUGUGAUGUUUGCAAUUAUGAAACUAAUGUUGCGCGAAAUCUAAGAAUACACAUGACUUCCGAAAAACAUACACAUAAUAUGCUGGUGUUACAACAGAAUGUUAAACACAUGCAGACUUUAUCAGCAUUACAUCACAGACAGCAAAGUCAACAGCAACUAGAAAGCCUAUUACACUUUCAUGGAGGAGACGCACCGCCGCCAAAUCCUGAAGCGGCUCUGGCUGAUAUGGCCUAUAACCAAGCAUUAAUGAUUCAACUGAUGACUGGCGGCCCAGGACCUUCACCGCCCGAGCUUGGCGCCCACUUAGAUGUCGGUCUGAACCCAGAGGCAAUGGAACCUCCUCCAGAACCAGCUGAUCCGGAGCCAGAAAGAACGUUCCACUGUUGCAUCUGUAAUUGUUUUUCAACAGACUCCUUAGAAGCUCUUGGUCACCAUUUAGCUCAAGAUCGUACUAAAAUCAGAGAACAAGAGAUUCUUGCACUGGUUGCAGGUCAUUACGUCUGCAAACUGUGCACAUACAAGACAAACCUAAAAGCUAACUUUCAAUUACAUUGCAAGACGGACAAGCACUUGCAACGACUACAACACGUCAACCACGUCAAAGAAGGUGGACCUCGCAACGAGUGGAAAUUAAAGUUUUGUGGUGGUGUGGGGACUGGUGGGGCAGGUGUUGGUGGAGUGCAGGUUCGAUGCUGCGCUUGUGACUACUACACUAACUCUGCGCAUAAGUUACAAUUGCACGCAGCAGGAGCGCGGCACGAAGCAGCAACUUUGUUACUAAGACACCUUCGGGAAUGUGCGUCGCGUAUCCCGAGGGAGCGUCCUCGCGUGUACCGCUGUGCUUUGUGUGGUUUCAACGCGCCGCACCGUCUACCUCUGCUGCAACACGUGCGAUCAGUAAAACAUUUGCAAAUGGAGCAAAUCCACCAGCUCCAACGCCGUUCGGAAGGCAAGGACCCCACGCCUGACGUCGCCGAGCUCUUCCAAGUUAUUCCUCAGCCGCCAGAGCUGCCAAGUCCGUACGAUCAACAUGAAAAUGAUAAUAAAGAGCCCAUCGAUCAGAAGCCCGAGUUGACUCAAGAGCAGAAGAUGAUGCGAUUUUUAGAACAACAUCAACAACAACAGCAGCAGCAACAACAACAACAACAACAACAGCAGCAGCAACAACAACAACAACCUCAACAAGGGUCGAGCGAAAGGGACGACGAACGCGAGACUCCAGGGCCCCACGCAUGUCCUUACUGCAACUUCAGCUGUACGAACGAAGCGCGAUAUCACGCCCACGUCAACUCCGUACAUGCCGAUAAUGUCCGACACUUCAUAUGCCCGCUGUGCCAAGAUGCAUUCAAAGAAAGGCCGGCUUUAGAAAGGCACGUUAUGCAAAUACACUCGGUGAACUCCGAAGGAUUGCAAAGAUUAUUACUUUUGGUAGACCAAAGUCACUGGCUGAACGGUGGCGCUCAGCAAAGAGACGAAUCUCGGCAGGGAGAUGAGGACCGCGAGAUUUCGUCGCCACGAUCAGAGGGUAGUGCGGACGGCGAGACGGAACGGUGUUCGACUUGCAGUCGCACUUUCCGCAACGUCGACGAGCUCUGCCAACACCAAAACGAGUCGGGCCAUUUAGAACUCAAGCAAACACCUCAAGGGCCUGGCUACGUUUGCUGGAAAAAAGGAUGUAAUAGAUACUUUGAUUCAGCCCACGCCUUGCAAAACCACUUCCGAGAAGCACACGCUCGUAAUUCCAUCGCAAACAUGUCCGUUUCUGAGAAACACGUUUACAAGUAUCGAUGCAAUCAAUGCAGCUUAGCUUUUAAAACGAUAGAAAAAUUACAGCUCCAUUCUCAGUAUCACGUGAUUCGAGACGCUACCAAAUGCGUAUUAUGUGGAAGGAGCUUCAGGUCCGUCUUGGCGCUUCAAAAACACGUCGAGACAUCGCAUCCUGAACUUUCUGAAGAGGAAUUGUCUGCAUUUAAACGGAGUCUAGCUUCAAAUCCAUUGAUGCAAGCCGGCCAAGGCACCGCACUUGACGCCGCAACGGCCGAGCUCCUGCGCAAGGAAGCUCUCAGAACACCGGACGAUGACUUAGCUGACAUGGAAGACCGCGACUCAAGCGCCACUGUCGCUGACGAGUCCGGUCACAAUGACGCUGAAAACUCGGAUGAUUCAAUCAUCUACAAAGAUCAACAGUUCUUGGAAGAUUACUUGAAUUCGCAAGCAAUGGCAGAGGACUCGUACAAUGAUCCUAAUAGAAAGUACAAAUGUCAUCGAUGUAAAGUAGCUUUCACUCGGCAAUCAUAUUUAACGGCGCAUAACAAAACUUUGCUUCAUAGGAAAGGAGAGAAAUUAACGUACCCUAUGGAAAAGUAUCUUGACCCAAACAGGCCAUUCAAAUGCGAUGUGUGUAAAGAAUCAUUCACGCAAAAGAAUAUAUUACUGGUGCAUUAUAAUAGCGUGAGCCAUUUACACAAACUCAAACGAGCCAUGCAAGAACAACAAAAUAAUAACAACCCUCCUGUAUCGCCCGGGGCUGGUACCGCGCCGUCUAACCUAACAUUGACACCUAAAAGCACUUCGAGCGAAGAGGACGAUCGAAAACGCUAUAAAUGCAACAUUUGCAAAGUAGCGUAUACACAGGGUAGCAACCUCGACAUUCAUAUGCGAUCAGUCCUGCAUCAAACGCGAGCGGGAAAGUUACAGGAGCUCGCCGCAGCGGGACAAGUGGAUUUGACACGGCCUUUAGUUGAACAACCGGACAGAAAGGACCCCGCAAAAAUUUUACAAGACGUCUUGUCGCCGAAAAAUACAUCCCCUUCGUCAACUAGCAGUGGGGGACCGCGCUCGUCACCCCCCGCGCGCCCUGGUAGCCCUCGGUCCCCGCGCGCAGGUAGCGCCGCGUGCGAUCGGUGUCACGCGUCAUUUCCUACCGGAGAGCUACUCGACGCACAUCGCGCAACCUCAUGCCCGUUUAGCGAUGCGCGAGCGCACUCGCCGCUAGGUGAAGCCGAGGCAGCCGCAUUAGACGAGAUGGUUGCGAAGGGCAACCCACCCAAGAGAAACUCGCAAAUGUAUAAACAACUAUUAGAGACUUUUGGCUUCGAUCUCGUCAUGCAAUAUAAUGAAAACCAACGAAGAAAAUUGCAAGAGCGCGAAAUAGCGCGCGCUCCCAGUCCGCCUCCGCCACCUCCGGAGGAAAAACCGCCUGACGGAGAAUCAAAAUCAACGUGUCAACAUUGCAACAAGGAGUUUUCUAGUGUAUUUGUGUUAAAAACUCACUGUGAAGAAGUGCAUAAAGACAAAGUUCCUCUGGAAUUUUUGGAACAGUUCGCAGAGCAGUUCAAAUCGGAAUAUGAAAGGAAAUCGGGCGCGCCAAAUUCACCCCGCGCUGCGUCCCCGGCGCCUCAGGAUGAGAGGUCGCCUUCACCGCGCGGUGAAAACACUGGCAACUUCAGCGAGAACGCGAACGGCGCGGGUGAUUCUCAAGCCGGCGCGCUCCUCGCCGCCCAGGUCCAAGAGAUGCAGGCGGCGCUAAACAUGAUCCAACUACAACAACAGUUGGGCACGAUACAUCCGAUGGUUGCGCAGAUGUUGUCGCUAGGCCUGCCGCUCGGGCUGAACGUGGGCGCGCUCGCGGCUAUGAACCUGCAGCCGCCCCUGGUGCCGCUCAUGAUGCCGCCCCCGCCCUUCGACGCGAUGUCGUUCGCGCACGACGCGCAGCUCAAGCAACAACAACUGCUCCAGCAACAACAGCAGGCAAAUGCUGCAGCUGGUCAAAAAAGAGCUCGUACUCGCAUCACCGACGAGCAGCUCAAAAUUUUACGAGCGCAUUUCGACAUUAACAACUCGCCAAGUGACGAGGCCAUUGCGAAAAUGGCCCAACAAUCGGGUUUAGCGACCAAAGUUAUCAAACAUUGGUUCAGAAAUACGCUCUUCAAGGAACGUCAACGUAAUAAGGAUUCUCCUUAUAAUUUCAACAACCCACCAUCAACUACGCUUAAUCUUGAGGAAUAUGAGAAGACGGGCGAAGCGAAAGUUACGCCACUUGAUUCAUCAGUGAGCUCCGAUGAAGGUAAGCCACCUCCAGAAAAAAAAGCAAAAACUGAAGAUCUAUCCAUGAUGAAUCAACAGGAGGUAAAAUCCGAACCUAGCGACGAACCAACCAUGGAGGAGAAAUAUAACUCGUACGAUGAUCGACACCAAGAGGACAAAAAUUUUUUGUUUCCUCAAGCGCCGUCUCAGAGCCCCGCUCUAAACCCAAGCCAUCAUGACGGCCAACAAAACAUAUCACGGCCGCAAUCUCCAACGCAUAUGUCGUUAAACUCGUUGAUCCAGUCGCAGCUGGACUCUAUUCCAGCCACAAGUAUACCGCAACCGCCACAUCCGUCGAUGCUACCACCGAAAUUGAACCCCAAUUUCACGUCCCCAAACUCCGCGCCCCCGAACGUCCUACCUUUGACCCCAAAUCGCAGCCUCAGUCCUGGCAGAGGACCGGCCGAUUUCGGACUUUCCGGGGGCAACUCGAACGGAUCCAACAGCUCGGGGUCUUCUGGCAAACGCGCCAACAGAACUAGAUUCACAGACUAUCAGAUUAAAGUUCUACAAGAGUUUUUUGAAAACAACGCCUAUCCCAAAGAUGACGAUCUCGAAUAUCUCUCGAAGUUACUGGGACUGAGUCCUAGAGUCAUUGUUGUUUGGUUUCAAAACGCGCGACAAAAAGCGAGAAAAGUGUAUGAAAAUCAACCGGCAGCCGAUCCGCCUGCGGGCGCCACAGAUGAUGCCAACAGAUUUCAACGCACUCCUGGACUUAACUAUCAGUGCAAAAAGUGCCAGUUAGUAUUCCAAAGAUACUACGAAUUGAUAAGGCACCAGAAAACGCACUGUUUUAAAGAAGAAGAUGCCAAACGAUCAGCCCAAGCGCAAGCGGCUGCGGCACAAGUGGCAGCUACAUUGAGCAGUGAAGAUUCAAACUCAAGCACAGUGGAACAUCAUAAUCCACACGUGCCUGUAUCGCCUGCCCCGCCUCGCACCCCGACCCCAGCCGCCCCUAAUUACCCAGUGUCUCCAGCACCGCCAAACCCUUUAACACCAGUCACCCCUUUAUCACAUCAGACACGCGAAGAAAAGGAUGGAAAUUUUCAGUGUGAUAAAUGUAACUUAGUCUUCCCACGCUUUGAUCUAUGGCGAGAACAUCAACUCGUACACAUAAUGAACCCGAAUUUAUUUCCCACUUAUCCCCCAGACUCCCCUUUUGGGAUACUUCAACAACAUGCCCAACUUCAACAACUAAAUGCCACUCUUGGAAACGAAGAAGCUCGUCACCCUUUAGUGGCAGCUCUUAAUCAACAAGUGGCGAAGAGAAAAUUUGAUGAAUACGAUGAAACAGAUACUGGGGAGCAACCGAAAGACAAGCGUCUAAGAACGACUAUUUUACCUGAACAAUUGGAUUAUUUGUACCAAAAAUACCAAAUUGAAUCGAAUCCAUCGCGAAAAAUGUUAGAGAACAUUGCACGCGAAGUUGGGUUAAAAAAAAGAGUGGUCCAAGUUUGGUUUCAGAACACUCGAGCACGUGAACGAAAGGGGCAGUUUCGUGCUCACGCGCAAGUAAUAAACAAGCGUUGUCCCUUUUGUCCAGCUUUAUUCAAAGUAAAAAGCGCAUUGGAAAGUCACCUAAGUACAAAACAUGCAGAUCAAUGCGCUCGCGGAGAAAUCAACGUUGAUGCGCUACCGGACGAAGAACUUAGCACAGAAUCAACACCAAGUUUUGGCUCUCAACAAAGUGACAGGCAGCAAAAUUUUUCCCAAGCGGGGGCUCCCAUGUUGCCCCCUAUUUUCCCGCCUUUUCACUCAGACAUGGAGAAAUUUAUCAAACAGUACAGUGAAGAGUCAAUGAAACGCUACGUUAGUGAACUUCAGGCUCAUGCCGCCGCCCAACAAAACGGCGCAACCAACACUGAUCCAUCUGAGAGACGUACAGAACAUGGAAAAUCGGAAAUACCACUUGAUCUCAGCAAGCCUGUGGAUCUAUCAAGGCCUGGAUCGGACGCAGACGAACGUUCAGAUACUGCUUCUGAAACAAUGGAGUUUUACGAAGAGGACGAACCGACAUCACCUGUCACUGCUGGACAGCAGCAAACACCGCGUCCGCCCGGCAAACGAUACCGAACACAAAUGUCAUCUCUACAAGUGAAAAUAAUGAAAUCAUUAUUCGGCGACUACAAAACGCCCACAAUGGCCGAGUGUGAGGCGCUAGGCCGCGAGAUAUGCCUUCCAAAACGUGUGGUACAAGUCUGGUUUCAAAACGCCCGUGCCAAAGAAAAGAAGGCACGCCUGGCGGCCGGCUUAUCGGAAGUUUCUGAUGCGGCUCCGCCGGAGGAGUGCCGCGUGUGUGACUUCAAGUACAGUCACAAGUACUCGGUGCAAGACCACGUGUUCACGCGCGGGCACAUCGCGGCGGUGCGUGAGCGGCUCCAGAGCAGCAGCGGCGGCGGUGAGGACAGCACGCUCGCUCUCAUGCAGAUGGCGGCGCGCCUCGACGGCGGCAUCGGCGGCGACCUGCACAACGCGUUCCUGCGGCCACAGCUCGCCGGAAACGGACCAACCGGCAACCCUACCGCCCUCCAGCCGCAGCCACAGGGCCUGAUUGUGGAGACCGGCAACGGCGCCAGCGUGCUGCAGCUGCCGGCCACCACUCUGGAGCAGAUCCGGCACAUCGCGGGAGACCCCGGCGCGUCCACGCUGCGCCUGCCGCCGCCCGCCUCGGAGCCGCCGGUGGGAGCGCGAGAGCUCGACUUCGAUCUCUGUUACGUGUGCAAGCACUGCAAAGUAGCAUUUCCGUCGCCCGUGCCGCUGCAAGCGCACCAGUCCCGCUCAUGUUAUGCGGGUCGCGAGGCUUCCCGGGGUAUGAUCCGCGUGGUUCAGCCCGCCCUCGAAUGCCGCACCUGUCCCGGCGAGCGCUUCCGCACGGCGCUCGAGUUCCGCCGCCACGCCGACACGGAGGCGCACAUGCGGAACCUAAUGCCGUCUCUGAAUUCCGCGCCGCCAGAGGCACUCACGCAUGAGAUGGAAGAUGUCGUCAACCAGAUCACGCUGCUAGCCGCUCGCGCUGCGCAGGAAUCCGCUUCGCCCAAAGACUCGAACGCCAACUUUUGCGCGCCCGGGCCGCGCUUCCAGCCGCCCGGCGAGCUCCCCAUGGCCAGCGCCGGGCACUAAUCCUAUUCUGACGAAAUGUAUAGUUACUAUCUAUCUGAGCCCCUCGCUCUCUCCGUUGUCCGACAACGCAGCAGUUCACUAUUAGAUCUUAAUGCUUCUUUUCGUUGAUGAAUGUCGCUGCGAAAGCGGCUCUUUCCUAGUUAUACAUUAAAAGCUUGUAGUCGUUUAAGUAUUAGGUUAAUCGGGGGCCGACCUGUGUUGUCCGUUUUUAUAAAGUUGUGACAGCGUCGGCGACAGUCGCUAGUGGCAGCUAGCCGGCGUUGCAGUUGUGUCCGUGACGGAGUCGCAGUCGGUCGGGGCGGCCCCCCGCGCCGCGCGCCGCACACUGGGAGGCGGCGGCGGCGAGGUGCCGGCGCGGCCGCGUCGCACGCCGCACAUCAUAUCAUACGUUAGACAGGUUUUAUUAUAAUUCGUAUAUCGUUGCGGCGACACGCGAGCUGCGGCCGCGCCGGUGCCCCCAAACGUUUACCAUCAACUCCCAGGAAAGCAAGUUCCUAUCUUUAUGGCAUAUAAUAUUAUCGAUAUUGAUAAUUACGAUUUAAUUAUUGUUUAAAGCUAUGUAAUACAUACAUAUAAUCGUUCUAAUUUUAGGCAUAGAUACGUUCUCGUAAGAAGUUCCUGACGCAUCGUAAAUGUAUGAAGAUAUAUAUAGUGAUAUACGUAUAUUGAUUUUUUUAAACAUGAAGCGAAGUUAGGUACGUAUGUUAGGCAGUAGAGCGGUCGUCCUCUCUUGCGGGUCCUUCGCCCACGAUACAUGUUAUCUCCAUAGACACCAACAUCAGCAAGGUUAAUCUGAGCAGCGCGUCCUAAGUAGAGCAGUCGGCUGGUCGUUCGCGAGUGUCGAGUGUGACGCGUGAUCGCAGCUGUUACCUAAGUAGGUAGCGCGACACGACACAGUAGACGGUAACCGGCAUCAGUACCGACCGGCAUUUAGCAGCCAACGCGCAAGGGAGCAGCGGCUACCCCGGGGUACCCGCGCCCACCUCGCGCGGCCCGCAGAGCCGCCCGUGGAGACGCGACGACACCGCGUAGGCUUAUUGGUAACAGUUAAUUAUAAUAUUUAUUAUCGUAGCAAACUUUCCAAAACGAACGAACUCGAAACUCGGGCUGCGCGCCAGCGCUCAGCCUACCUCGCAUACAAGUGAGUUUAUUUUGGAACUAAGUGUGAUUCUUGAAUUUUUAUUGAUAUUGUAAUGAUUAUUAGUAGUGGCGUAAGUGAAUGGAAGAGCGCGGUGCGGAGGUACAUGCAGCGCCGGCGCACCCGCGCGUUGCGACGUCGCGGCGUAGUGUCGCGUCGCGUCGCGUCGCCACGUGCUCGCGUCACGUCGCGUCACUUCGCGUUAGAGCGCCGCACUCGCCUCUCGCCGCCCUGUCGCAUGUAUAUUCAUCACUUUGCCGUGUGCGUGGAGUCCUUCAUAUGUUCGAUGGCGCAGAAAUCACGUUAUUAAAAAUAUUUUACAUAUUUACAUUUUAUCUGUCGGAGUGUAUUACAAUAUUUUAUCGACGAGCGAACCCUACUACAACAUUGAGUUUGUUUUUUAUAAAGUGCAAUGUUUUAUUCCACCGGUAGCCGGCGGUUCUUGUUACGUUUAUAUGUGUGCAAUGAGCUCAUGUUCGAGCGCGUUGCGUCUAUCUCCUAUCGGUUUACAACUCCCGGGGGCGUCUGGUUGUGUGCACGCCACACAUUCUAUAUUGUGCGCAAACACAACGCGUCAAGGUUUCAUUCUAUUUGAAAUUUUAAUAACUAAAAUCUAUAAUGCGCAGUGACAUUAAAUUAUAAAAUCGAUGAAAAACCGGAGUAUAAUGACAGAACAUGAGUAUUUGUCGCAUUACAAGGAGUUACACCCGGAGAGUAGAUGCGAGGCAGACGCGACGCGGCCGAGCGGUGUUGACGCAAAGGCGCGCGUUUACAACACGAUUAUUUUGUUUGUUUAGUAUUAGUAUUUAUUGUACGAGACUCGUGUAGUUGUUGAGGCGUUACGCAUUGCGUUCAGAACUCCACCGCAUCUCCACCGCGUCGGACGGACGAAUAUAUCUAUAUAUAUGAGAAUGAUAUUUUAUUUUGAUCGGUGUAAGUUUGGUUAGUGUAGGUGGACAUGUCGGUAGUGCGAUGUUGUGUCUCCGCGGACGUACGCCCGCGGAAUGAAUCAUGGUUCCUAUGUAUAUUUCAAUAUUAUCGCAUCUAGAGUUUCACUAUACUUUCCGAAUACAAAUUUUAAUAUUUAAGAUUAAUUCGGACUAGUCUGUUGUAACUGCUACUAUAGGUGCCGCCACGGCCAUGUUGUCUGUUCCUUUAUAUAGAUUAUAAUUUGAUCGAUUGAUUCAUAUUGUACUUUAUAUUGUAGUUUUGUUAACCUCAGGACAGUUUGAAGAAUUGCUUGAACCUUUAAAUAAGUUACGCAUAUUAGUUCUCGAUCCUAAAAAGGUAGCGUUCGUGUCUAUCAUAGUUCCUAAUACUGUAUUGUAAUAAUAAAAUUAUUUUUAAAUUCUUUACUAGUGAAAUAUACCGUUCCUAUUUAAACGAACUGUAAUGAAGUUUAUAAAGAAAACAUAAAAAUCCAAUUCCUCUUUAAAUUCUAUUCACUUUAACAAAUGUUGUGUUGUACGUGAUUAAUUUGUUGACAGUACUGUGGAAAAAGUUCUUGAAACGGCGUCAUUUAUUCUACCUAAAUAAAUACCGCUAGACCUAUUUUAUAUUUUUGUCUCCGAUGUCAUUAUAAGCAACGAUACAAUAAACAAAGAGUCAAAUACCGAACGGAACACACUUCACAGUACUGUCACGCGCAUUUGAGUUGUGUAGCAAACAGUUUGUGUCAAUUUAAAUGGAAAUAGAUGAUUUGUUAGCAUUUAAGUUGUGACUUCUUGUGCCGCAUGUCGUGUGCGUAGCGAACUCUACGCGCGUGCUACGCGCCUACAACGCAUGCCACCGUAGCCGACAACAGAUUACGACUACAUUGUCAAGUGUAAAUGGUAAAAA